AUGCUGGUCAAGUCGGUCCUCUCAGCCGGGCUCGCUGCCACGGCAGCCCACGCCUUCGUCGUCAUCCCCAUCGCCGACGCUGAUCGAACCAUCUCCGAUCUCCUCCCCUUCGACGCCCCGUCGAAGGCCCACGAGCAGUCCAUCGACAUCGCCUGCCCCGGAUGCCCCGUCGACAUCAAGGAUGGCGUCGCCGUCGAUGACGUCCCGAACCAUCUUGAGAUGACCUUCUCGAUCGACACGUCCUCCAACGGCGACAGCCUCCUAGCCAACGGCUUCGAGCUCUACCCCAACCCCGAUCCCUUCGCCAAUUCCCUCGUCGCUCCCCAGGUCACCGAGCCCAGCAACAUGGAUGACAAGGCUCAUGUCAAGGUCCAGCGACUGGGUUACAGGUUCCACGUCUACCCCAUCGCUAAGGAGGAGGAGAGCCAGCAGCUCGAGCUUAUCGGCGUCGACCUCCAGGUCGUCGAGGUUGGCGGAGCUUUCGUCAACGGUAUCCCCGCCGUCAAGAUCCGCCUUGUGAAGAACGGUGACAGCCUCGCCAUCGCGAACGUCCAGACCGUGGAGGCCGCUCCCGCAUUCGGUGCCAACUGCACCACUCUGCUCUGCAAGUGGAGGGCCUUCAUCGCCAACAAGAUCGCGGCGAUGAGGGGCUCCGGUCGCCCUUGCCACGGAAACAAGGAACAGGCCGGCCCUGGACCCCACGGCCACCCUCACGGCAUGCACGGUGGUAUGAAUGGCAUGCCUCAUGGUAUGCCUCAUGGAGGACCUCCUCACCUCCCUCACCACCCCGCCAUGUCCUCCCCUCCCAGCGCCGCCCCCGAGGGCCAGUUCCAUCACCCCGCUCCCUUCCAUCAUGGUCAUCGUCACCAUGGUCUCGCCCACGUCUUCAUUAUGAUCCUUACCCACAUCCUCCUUCCUAUUCUUAUUGGUAUCGCUGCCGGUGUCACUGCUAGCAUUGUUGGCAUGAUCCUCGUCUCUAUCGUGCUGCGUGUCUACAAGGUUAUCCGUGGACGCAAGCCCGCUCCUGAGCAGCCUCCUAGCUACAAGGCCGACCCUUCCGAGGCUGUCCUCGCCGAUGAGGAGAAGGCCGGUCUUAUGGAGGACCAGGAGCACCUCGAGCCUCCCCCGUCGUACCCGGAGGAGACCCCUGCUGCUAAGCUCUAA